GUUGGCGCGUGGGGCUGCGGAGCAGCCGCCGGGGCGAUGACGAGCUUGACGAGCUUCUGCUUAAAAGUGAUGGGGCAGAGAAAAACUGCAUAAGCGACGCGCAAGUUGCUCGGGGAUGUUUCACAUAGAAAGUGGACAACUGAUGGAACACUUCACUGGGAAGAAUAAAACUGUUCUUAUGUGGUAGUUUGCUCAGACUAGACCAGAUCCAUACAAGAAAGCUCUCUAACCACCAGUGACUCAAAACACUUGAACUCUGAAUGGCUGAGGUCUUGAAAGGAAAACGUUAAGACUUUGCGUUUUGCUGUCCAUUCAUUUAAGCAGCUAUGGAAAUAGAAAAUAAGCACGUUUAUGUUAACCCUGCAGAACUCGAUAAUCUAAGUGACGCUCAAUUUUCUGGUGAUGAAGAAAAUGGUGGGUCUGAGGAACGAAAGACUGAAAUCAAUGGAAAUUGGAUUCCUGCAACUUCAAUUACUGAGGCUAAAAUAAAUGCUAGAGCAAAGAGACGAUUGAGGAAAAAUUCUUCUCGAGAUUCUGGGAGAGGAGAUUCUGUUAGUGACAAUGGAGAGACGCUGAAGACUGGAGUUGUUGUGCCAACAAGCCCAAAGGGGAAACUCCUGGACAGACGAUCCCGAUCUGGAAAGGGAAGGGGUCUACCAAAGAAAGGUGGAGCAGGUGGUAAAGGAGUUUGGGGAACACCAGGUCAAGUGUAUGAUUUGGAAGAAGUAGAUAUUAAGGAUCCUAAUUAUGAUGAUGACCAGGAGAACUGUGUCUAUGAAACAGUAGUUUUGCCUCUGGAUGAAAGAGCAUUUGAGAAAACUUUAACACCAAUCAUACAGGAAUAUUUUGAACAUGGCGAUACUAAUGAAGUUUCGGAAAUGCUGAAGGAUUUAAACCUCGGUGAAAUGAAAUACAGUGUGCCAGUGUUGGCUGUUUCCUUGGCGUUAGAGGGGAAGGCUAGUCACAGGGAAAUGACAUCCAAGCUUCUCUCUGACCUUUGUGGGACAGUAGUAAGCAAAACUGAUGUGGAAAAAUCGUUUGAUAGGCUACUGAAAGAUCUACCUGAAUUGGUUUUGGAUUCUCCCAAGGCACCAGAGUUGGUGGGCCAGUUUAUUGCUAGAGCUGUUGGAGAUGGGAUUUUAAGCAAUACUUACAUAGAUGGCUACAAAGGCACUGUGGAUUGCACCCAAGCUCGAGCUGCACUCGACCGAGCUACUGUGUUGCUGAGUAUGACGAAGGGUGGAAAGCGUAUAGACAACGUAUGGGGAUCAGGAGGUGGCCAGCAGUCUGUGAAACAUCUUGUGAAAGAGAUUGAUAUGUUACUGAAAGAAUAUUUGCUUUCUGGAGAUGUAUUGGAAGCGGAACGUUGCCUUCAGGAGCUGGAAGUACCCCAUUUCCACCAUGAACUUGUAUAUGAAGCAGUGGUGAUGGUUUUGGAGUCAUCUGGAGAAAAGACUUUUAAAAUGAUGCUGGAUUUGUUGAAAUCUCUUUGGGGGUCUUCUGUCAUUACUGUGGACCAAAUGAAAAUGCUGUCAACACUGGACAAAUCCUGGGGCAAACUGGGUACCAGACUUAAGACUCGCGGCAAACUUUCCCCAAUCCUCCUGCUGGAGGGAAGUGAUGAAGUCAUCUCUGGUUGGCACAAAUAUUUCCCUUGCUGCAUAGUGGUGGAGAUUUGCGGCCUGUAUUUUUUUUUAUUUACUAGCAGAAAUAGUAAGUUUUCUUCCAUGUGAUAGCAACCAGGCUAAUACAUACAUUCUGUGCUGCCUGGAUUUAUAAUUUUUUUUUGGAGUCUUAGAAUUCUGUUCUGCUAAUGUUUUCAUGUCUGUAGGUGGUUCUGUAAUACCAUGAUACCGGCUGGUAUUAUUCCUUGUUUUUCUGCUAACUUGCAGCUCCUCCGGUUUAGGUUUGUUGAAACUGUUUAUAGUAUACGUGAAAUUACAUGACAAUUUAUUCUACAGAAAAUUGUAAUAAAAUCAUGGAAUAACCACA